AUGGACACCAGAGGCGCCUAUCAUGCGAGCGUUGCAAACGACACUCUCCAUGCUCCAAAUGCAUCAAUCAUUCCCCACCUCUUACUGUGCUUUGCUCAGAUCUUUGCGCUCGCCUCACCCCCUCACCAGAGUCUUCGUAUCGGCUUCAUUACCGUCAUUUCCGUCUUGGCCAUAUACUGCAACAUGCACCCGCACUUUACAAACAACCUUGAUCUUGCACAGCCCUUCUCUUUAGCCUGGUCCUUUUACCUCCCCACGAUAGCAAAACUAUGUAUCUCAGAAAAUAAGAUCACAGAGGCGCGAUUCUGGAGAGUCGAUCGCGACCCUGCUGAGGCGAUGAGAUAUGCACCUUUCAGGGCGAAGAAGAUAUGGUGGGCGCUGGCCCUCAUGUUUAACCAGCGAGGUAUCCGCUGGAGCCACCAGGUUAAGAACGUGCCGCAGCAACCCAUCGUCAGCCACUCACGCUUCUUAAUGACGCAGGUUCUGAGAUUCUGCUGGUUUCUGUGCUGUGCGGACCUUUGCUAUGAGAUACAUCAGAGAGUGAACUUAACCAGUCCGGACGGGACCGUGGGCAACCUUAAUAGCAAAUAUCUCAGUGUUUACCAUUCGAACUGGUCUUGGAGCCUACUAAAGACAUUCUCCAUUGGCAUGUUGCCCUAUUUCAUGUUGAGUAUGCAAUAUGCUCUUGGGGGCUUCCUUGCUGUCCUCUUUAACUUCAGCAUUCCGCAGGACUGGCCACCGAGUUUUGGAAGUUUCAAUGAUCUGCGAACGGUGCGCCUGUUCUGGGGCUCAUUUUGGCAUCAACAACUUCGGUUUCUUUUCACAUCAUACUCGGACGCAAUUGCGAGUUUCCUGCACAUAUCGCGCGGCAGCAAUCUGUCAUCCUACACCAAGCUCUACAUUGCUUUUUCCAUCUCAGGUACCUUUCACGCUCUUGGGCUUCUCUAUUUACCGCGCCCGUCAAACAUCGACGCCUGGCGAUGUUCCUUUACCCUUUUCAAAUUCUUCAUUCUCCAAUCGGCGGCGAUAACUCUUGAGGAUUUUAUCAUCUGGUGUGGGCGCCGCGUCAUUAAAGGUAAUCUCCACGGAUCGGUUCGAAUGAUAGGUUAUGUGUGGGUAUUCUGCUUCAUGUGGUGGAGUUUACAGCUUGUAGGUGACUCGGUGCUUGAGCUGCGUGUAGGCGAGGGAGCCUUCUCGCCUUUCCCGCUCAUGCGCCCCUUUGUGAGGGCGUAUGUUCGCGUCCCGUUAUAG